UUUUCAUGUCCGAUUCAGUCGGAAUAGUAACAAACCACGUGACUAAUCAGGAAGUAGCUAGCUACAUGGAUUGUCAACAAAGCGACAUGGCUUCAACAGAAUGGCAGUUGUCAUUAAAGCUGAUGGAUCAGCCCAAAUCCAUUUUCCACUUUCCCGAGACGAUGCCUGGAGAUGUCCCACCCGGAGGUUACAGAGUCUCAACUCUGAAGCAACUUGUAGCAGCUCAACUCCCCGAUUCGCUACCGGACCCUGAACUGAUAGAACUGGUGCACUGUGGUCGUAAGCUGAAAGAUGACCUGACCCUCGAGGCCUGUGGAAUCCAGCCAGGAUCUACUCUCCACAUCCUCAAGAAAACCUGGCCAGAACCUGACAUCAGACCAGAGCCAGUGAACAGAGCGACUGCAGCCAGGGAGUUCCGUGUGUUGCAGACGACUCUUCACUCCAAUGCCGUCUACAGAGAGUCUGUUUAUAAGAUGUUAACCAAUAAAGAGUCUUUGGACCAGAUCAUCAUUGCAACACCAGGCUUAAGGUCGGACCCAGUAGCACUAGGAGUGCUCCAAGACAAAGAUCUAUUUGUACAAUUCACAGACCCAAACAUGCUGGAUAUGUUGAUCACGUCCCACCCAGCCCUGGUGAACGCCAUUAUGUUGGUGCUCCACUCAGUGGCUGGCAGCAUGCCUACUCCGUCCAGCGCCAGCUCGUCCCGUAAUGUCUCCUCCAGCUCCUACAGUGACAUGCCAGGAGGCUUCAUGUUUGAGGGGAUGUCUGAUGACGACGAGGAUUUCCAAUCCGGGAACCAGGCGGGCCCAGCCAACAGAGCAGGGGGGCCUGCUGGACGGCCUGUGUCCCUGGGUCACAGUGGGGCCACGGGCCCUCGACCCAUAACCCAGAGUGAACUGGCCACCGCCCUGGCUCUGGCUAGCACCCCUGAGAGCAGUGCUGUCACCCCCACUACAGGAAGCCAGCAGGAGCCUUCCAGUGGAGGGCCCCCCAUGCCGGCAGGAACCCCAGUCAGUAACGACCUGUUCAGCCAGGCUCUGCAGCAGGCUCUGCAGGCCUCCAGCAUGUCCUCCCUCCAGGGUCGCUGGCAGAACCAGAUGCAGCAGCUCAGGGACAUGGGCAUCCAGGAUGAGGAGCUGAUGCUGCGGGCACUGCAGGCCACAGACGGGGACAUUCAGGCUGCCCUGGAGCUCAUCUUCGCUGGAAGACCAGGGCUCUGACUUCAGGGAGGGCCCGAGAGAGGAGCCCAGCCCUGGAAACACUCACACAGUUCUGUGAAAAGGACAACGCCUGUUGGCAUUUGAUGACUCUGUUACCCAUCACUAUGUAGCCACAAAAGAGCUCCACUAGUCUUUUGGACUUGGUGACAAUUUUUCCUUUUACAUUUUUGAUUUGUGUUUAACUUGGAAUAAAAGCAAACAUGUACCUUA